UUUCUCCUUUUGAGUGAUUGUAGCGUUGCGUUUUUAUGGCAAAGUUUUUCAAGGCACAAAGACCCAACGCCAGACAGCAAAUAAAAAGGAGCUUAAAUAAUGCGAGCCUCGUCGCUCAAGGUGAGGCGGUCCAAUGCAUGUUGAACUGAUGGCGCAUGCUUUCAAAAUGGACGAUUAUGCGACAAAUGCAGAAGGCAAAUGAGCAAAGGAUGCGCUUGCCCCAGCACCAAAGCCUGCACCACCACCAGCACCAAUACCAAGAGCCAGUAACCAUGCCGGACAACCACAUUGCCCAGGCACAAGUACAAAGCGCUGUAAAUCAUCUUGAAUGGCAAGCGCAAGCAGAGCAAGGAACAAGAAGUGCAGAGGACUACGCAGGGAAUUGGCUUGAGGCUGGGUCUGCUGUCGGUGCUGUCAGUGCUGUCAGUGCUGUCAGUGCUGUCGGUGGUGCUGGUGGUGGUGGGUGCAAGACAGAGCAUUGUACCAGAGCCGUGCUCACCUUUCAGCCACAACGGACACUUGGGCCAACAAAAGGAGGGAAUGAAAAGCACCCGCUCCGGCCAGAGCCAGGCAAGCAGUGAUCCAACCGACUCGAGUGCUAGUCGAACAUUUACAUGCAUAGACAUGCAAUCGCCAGCCUCCUGGGAGAUGGAGAGAGAGGGGGGCCAGCUCUGGCUGCAGCAUGUGCACGAACGUUCGCAGGGGCCAGUCAGCAAUCCGGGGAAUGCCAGCGACACCACCCAUUACUCAAGCUUGGCUGAGUUGGGCAAAUCAGCGCAAGUCGCGCACAAUUACAAACUGGAACAACUGCUCUGGGAAUCCCGAAUGGCCGGGCAAACACACAAAACACAUCAACGGCAACACGACCAUCGUCAAGUGGAAACAAAACAGCGACGAGGCAUAAGCUCAAGUGCAUUUCAUUUGUAUUUUAUGCGUUUCGUGUUUGCUUUGCAUUCGACUCGCUUCUCUACGCUUUUGAUUGCUGCCAAAAGCCAAAGGAUUCGUCAUCAUUCGCUACCUCUGACCUCUCACUGCGAAUUCGACAUGGAAUGUUCUCAGCUUUGAUCUAUUUGGGGUAGAACUCUGCUCAG